AUGCUCAAAAAAGAAGAAGAUCCAAAUCUAUCUACUCAUCUUUAUUUUAAAUUAUUUGAUGCUGAUAUACGUUCAUGUGAUGUUACAGAUAAAGUUCACGAUAUUCUUCAUAGUAAUUUAUAUACAUUUGUGCGUGUAAGAUCAGUAACUGCUAAUGGUUUAACAUUAUAUAAAUCAGUUGAACUUGAUUUUAUUGUUGAUUUAACAAUUGAAUUAAAAAAUACUUGUGAUCAUUCUAAAUUCGAAAUAUUUUCAUUAACUAGUCGAUUAGUAUUGAGUUUUUCAUUAACAUUUCAAGGUGAAAUAUCAUCACUAUUGACAAGUAUUGGUGAAACAAUACAAGUUAUUCGUAGAAAUUUCUAUAAACCAAAUGAAAAACUUUUUCAUAUUAAUGAAAAUUUUCAUCUUGGUGAUACAACAUAUAGUAGUAAAGAAUAUUUAGAACGUAAUGAUAAUCAUACACAUAUUGAAUUACAUUACUCAAUGACAUUAGGUUAUGAUUUUGUUUAUGAACGUAAAAAUAAUAAAGAAAAUGUUCAAAAUAAUUACAAUAUUCUAUCACAUUUAACAUUACUCACAUCAACCCCUAAUGCAACAGUUCAUAGUUUACUUGAUUUGUUGAUAUUAGCACGUAGUUCGCCAAUACAAGAAAGAAUAGAACUUGAAUAUAUUCAACGUUCUUUUAAAAUAGCUCAUCAAACGCGACAAUUAAUAUCACCAGAAGCAAAUUUAAAAAUUCAAGUUAAAUCAAAAUUAGAUGCAUCCAAUUUUCUUAUUGAUUCAUAA